CAAUUCCUCCCCAAAAUGUCUUUUCCCAACAGCUCUCCUGCCGCCAACACGUUCCUAGUCGAUUCCUUGAUCAGUGCCUGCAGGAGCGAUAGCUUUUACUCCAACAGCGCCAGCAUGUACGUGCCACCGAGCACAGACAUUGGCACUUAUGGGAUGCAAACCUGUGGACUUCUACCGUCUCUGGCCAAAAGGGAAGUCAAUCAUCAAAACAUGGGCAUGAACGUGCAUUCGUACAUCCCUCCAGUAGACAACUGGACCGACCCCAGCAGGCCGUGCCGAAUAGAGCAACCUGUUACGCAGCAGGUGCCCACUUGUUCCUUUGCGACCAAUAUUAAGGAAGAAACCAAUUGCUGCAUGUACUCGGACAAGAGGUCCAAGCUGGGCUCCUCUUCCGACGUUCCUUCCUACCAGAGGUUAGUCUCUGACUCGUGUCCCCUCGAAAACCCCGAGGUCCCCGUCCCAGGGUAUUUCAGGCUGAGCCAGACCUACGCCAGUGGAAAAGCCCAAGAGUACAGUGACAGCCCUGAAACCAGUUCCACUCUCAUGCUGCAGUUAAACCCGCGCGGCGCUUCCAAACCGCAGGUCGCCCCGCAACUCCCGAUGGAGAAGAAAAUGAAUGAGAACCCCGGCCCGGAGAACUCCGCCAAAGCCGCUCAAGUGGGGAGCCCCGAGCCCAAGUCCGCGCUGCCGGACGAGAGGAGCUGCCUGGCCGAAGCCACCGUCUCCAGCCCAGAAACCCACGAGAAGGAAAGCAAAGAGGAAAUCAAGUCUGAUACUCCAACCAGCAAUUGGUUAACGGCAAAGAGUGGCAGGAAGAAGAGGUGCCCUUAUACUAAACACCAAACACUGGAAUUAGAGAAAGAAUUCUUGUUCAAUAUGUAUCUCACCCGAGAGCGCCGCCUAGAGAUCAGUAAGAGCGUAAACCUCACUGACAGGCAGGUCAAGAUCUGGUUUCAAAACCGCAGAAUGAAGCUCAAGAAGAUGAGUAGGGAGAACCGAAUUCGAGAACUGACCGCUAAUCUGACCUUCUCUUAAA